GGUUUUCCGUAUGAUAAAGUAGUAUUGGGUGAAAGUUGUGCUUUUGUGAUGGAGUCUGGUGAGGCUGGGGACAGACCCAGGGCGGGGGGGCAGUGUGUAGGAGGGGGCUCCUUAGUGGCAGAGGAGAACUACUUCCUGGGUUACACCUUUACGGACCAUUCCCACUCCAGCCGCGUGGUGCAGAGCAUCAUGGACCUGUGUCUCCAGGACGGGCUGUUUGCUGACGUGACGGUGGUGGUGGAGGGGAAGGAGUUUCAGCUGCACCGACUGGUCCUCUCCGCCCAAAGCAGCUUCUUCAGGUCCAUGUUCACAUCCAACCUGAGAGAGGCUCACACGCGCAGCAUCGACCUGAAGGACGUCAGUGCAUCCGUCUUCCAGCUGCUGGUGGACUACAUCUACCAUGGCACCGUGAAGCUGCGGGUGGAGGAGCUGCAGGACACAUACGAGAUGUCAGACAUGUACCAGCUGACCGCCCUGUUCGAAGAAUGCUCCCGUUUCCUGUCCCGCACUGUGGAGGUCAAGAACUGCCUACAGGUGAUGUGGCUGGCUGAUCGACACAGUGACCAGGAGUUGUACACUGCAGCUAAACACUGUGCUAAGAUCCACCUGGUCCAGCUGCACCAGACUGAUGAGUUCCUCAACCUGCCUCUAUGUCUCCUCAUGGACAUUAUCAAAGAUGGUGUUCCAUCCUCUCAGAACCCCACUGUGGCCAUAGAGUCCUGGAUCAACCACAACAAGGUGGAGAGAGAAGAGUUCUUCACUGUUCUUCAGGAGAACCUCAAGGAGAUCGGCGAGAAGGUGCACGUCUACCUGAUUGGCAAGGAGGAAACGAGGACCCACUCGCUGGCCGUGUCGCUCCACUGCGACCAGGACGACGCCAUCAGCGUCUGCGGUCAGAACAGCCUGUGUCACCAGAUCACGGCCGCCUGCAAACACGGGCCGGACCUCUACGUGGUGGGCGGCUCCAUCCCGCGGCGCAUGUGGAAGUGCAACAUGCAGACUAUGGACUGGGAGCGCUGCGCCCCGCUGCCCCGGGACCGCCUGAACCACGCCAUGGUCUCCGUGUACCCGCAGGACACCGUCUACAGCCUGGGCGGGAAGACGCUGCAGGACACCCUGUCCAACGCCGUCAUCCGCUACGCCGUCACGGACAACGUGUGGACGGAGACCUCGCCGCUGGAGACGGCCGUGUCCGGCGCGGCCGGUGUCAACCUGGGCGGGACCAUCUACCUGCUGGGCGGCGAGGAGAACGACAUGGACUUCUUCACCAGGCCGUCGCGCCUCAUCCAGUGCUUCGACACGCAGACCCAAAGGUGCCGGGUGAAGCCGUACGUGCUGCCGUUUGCCGGGCCGAUGCACGCGGCCGCCCACAUGGACCUGCUGUUCAUCGUGGCGGAGGGCGACUCGCUGGUGUGCUACAACCCGCUGCUGGAGAGCUUCACGCGGCUGCGCUUCCCCGAGGUGUGGAGCUGCGUUCCGUCCCCGUGGCGGGUGGCCAGCUGCAAUGGCUGCGUCUACGUCUUCCGGGAGCGCUGCAAGAAGGGCGACGCCCACACGCUCAAGUUCAACCCCGCCACGUCCGUGGUCUCCGUGAUAAAGGGCAUUAAGAUACUGCUGACCAAGUGGGAGUUUGUCCUGGCCUGAGCACAUUUCGGAUUUAAGAAAGAGAAUUCGCCCUGUAGUACACUGAUUGGCUGGUUCUCUAAUUUCCUGGACCUGCAACCAAUCAAUGAUGGGGGGGAGGGCUUAUUGAAAGCUGUGUGCUAGGGGGAAUCAGAUACAUCUUACUUGCAGUCUUUGGUUCUUAUACACAUUGUCGCACCUAUACAUCCCUUUGUAGAUGUCACGUUCCUGUGAUGUCCGUAAAGCCAAGUUCCUUAUCCAGUAUUCUUUAGCCCAAUCGUAUCAUCUCUUUUGGCAAAGACUGGUCAUCAGAAAUAGUCUAUGUUGCCCAGUCUAACAUGGGCGUGCCAGUGAAGAGGUGGUGGACAUGUGUUGUCGGUACCGAGGGUGACGUAGACCCUUGCCUGGUCCCCGACGCUAACGUCCACCAUAUCAAAUGACAUCGCAUCAGAUGGCACAGAAUUGUCACUAUGGUGCAUCCAAGCAGUAGUUCUUCGGACCGGAGAACUUUCAACAGUAGACACUUUUAUUUGAGCCCUCCUGAUGUCAGUCAGUACCAAGCCCGCCGUGGGUUGAAUCAAGUCAGGUUGUCCAGUCCGCACAGUCGGACGUCAAAUGGGUACAGAUCAGACCCCGCACUAAGGCCUGGUUCACUCAUGUCCACCGGACCUUCUUGUAGGCGAAAUCUCCAAGGUGGGUUUCUCUACCAUGCUCACAGAUGUUAUCCCGUCUCCGAGGGUGGUUUCUCUACCGUGCUCACAGAUGUUAUCCCGUCUCCGAGGGUGGUUUCUCUACCGUGCUCACAGAUGUUAUCCCGUCUCCGAAGUGGGUUUCUCUACCAUGUGUAGAAGGCAGUUGUUUUCAGUUCUCCGUGACAUCACAAUCAGAAUUAGCAAAUUGUCUAUUUUUAUUUUGCGCAACACAUCCAGGGGAAAAUGAUCUGUAAAAAACAAGUAACGACAACAGAGUGGUAGAUAACAGAACGCUUCCCCAGGGGUUGACAGAACAUUAUCGACUGGCGUCUCAGUCCUGGACUAACAAAUCAAGAUCAAUUGGAAUCACCGUAGCAUCCACAAGACCAGCAUCUUCUCAUUUAUUGCAUAUGCACACAACCUAUUCAUUGUUUUCUAAACCUUUGUAACUUUCCAUGCUGUACGUGUUAAUUAAAUUAAUUGAUAUUGUACCUGUUUGUAUCUAUCUGUCUUUGCACAUAUCAGGUUGAGCUGCGAAAUGAUUGGCCAAUGCAGUGACACUACUUAUGACCUUAUACUUUGAUACCUGCAAAUUAACUCUGUUUUUGUAUUGUUCUCUCUGCUUUUAAAUAUAUUUAUGUAUAUCCCUAACAUAUAUAAAUAUAUAUGUUAGGGAUGCGCUGAUACCUCAUUUUCAUUGUCAAUACUAAUUCUGAGUACUGAGCUCGGCCAUUACCCAUUGGAUACUGUGUGUUUUGUUUACGUGCCAUUAUUGCCAUAAUUCUUCCACAUGAUUGAAUGGUAGGUCAUUCAACGUUUUAUUAGCAACUUUCUCAGUUUUUGAGAUUAUGGAAUUUACACCAUUUAAAAAAUCCAGUCUUAUUAAAAUAUGUUAAAAUACACUUCAAGGCAGAGCAAGGCAUUUGUGAAAAUUCUGUAGCAAUGCAGAAUGGGAAAGUGGAUAUUUGGACAAAUAAAUCACUGCAGUGAAAAUUAGGCAUGUGACAAACUGACAGUUUUCCUUGAAGUUUGUACAAGCAUUUUCUUUUCAUUUUCUUUGUUAUCGGUAUUUUGUUAUCGGUAAGCUUAACUUCUCUUUGCAACAUUUCCAAGUACUAGUUUUACUAGUGGCUGUUUCAAGGGUAAAGUCAUUCCAGA